UCUAAACUUAGAACCUCAAAGAGACCAUUCUUGUAAUAGAAAUGGCAUUGGGCAUUGCAUUUGGCAGCUUUGAUGACACCUUUAAGUUCCAGACACUGAAAUUAUACAUUGCAGAGUUUAUCUCCACUCUGCUCUUCGUUUAUGCUGGCGUCGGCUCAGCCAUUGCCUUCGAUAAGUUGACGUCGGACGCGUCGCUUACUCCGGCGGGUCUAGUGGCUGUCGCGGUGGCUCAUGCGUUGGCACUCUUCGUGGCCGUCUCCAUUGCGGCCAACAUCUCUGGCGGCCACGUCAACCCAGCUGUCACUUUCGGCCUCACCUUGGGCGGCCACAUCACCGUCCUCCGUGGCGUCUUCUACUGGAUUGCUCAGCUUCUGGGCUCUACAGUGGCCUGCCUCCUCUUGAAACUCACCACUGGUGGUUUAGCAAUCCCGACCCACAGUGUGGCAUCUGGAGUGAGCUUAGGAGAGGGAGUGGUGAUGGAGAUUGUGAUAACAUUUGGACUGGUGUACACUGUGUAUGCCACGGCUGCAGACCCGAAGAAGGGUGAUGUGGGGAUCGUUGCACCCCUUGCAAUUGGGUUCAUCGUGGGAGCCAACAUCUUGGCCGCCGGACCCUUUUCUGGUGGGUCCAUGAACCCUGCUCGUUCUUUUGGACCGGCCUUGGUGAGUGGUGAUUGGAAGGACCACUGGGUUUACUGGGUGGGUCCUCUUGUUGGAGGAGGUCUUGCUGGUAUUGUCUAUGGAGGCCUCUUCAUCGACCCUCCCACUCAUGUUCCCCUCGCAACGGACUACUGAGAACUACAAUGGUUCUAAUAAAAUCAUCAUCUGGAUGGUGAAAAAUGGCUGGGUGAUGGAUUGUGCGUUCAUUGUUCAUUUUUUCCACUUCUUUGUUGUUCAGAAUCCCCAGUUGGAGUAAAGUUGUUCAAGUACAGAGGAUCGUUAUCUACUUCUUUGAAGAUUCCUGUCAAUUGUAAACAAACCAUUUGUUUGGUGUCUUCCUUUUUGCUUGGUGUCGUUUCAUGUAAAGCUCGCAUUCAGGAUUUUUAAGUGUUCAAAGUGUGGAAUA